GUUACUUUAUUGUCAGUGUUUAUGUCAUUCAUGUUAAAAUGCGGCUCAAAUCAUGAACUAAAAAUAGCAUCACGUCUUCUUUGAACCUCUAUCAUGGUGUUCCUGCUUUACUGAUGACGCACAGGACCACACCUUGGUCUUCCAGUAACUUUUUAUAGAGACAUCGGUAAAUAAGUAAUCUGAAUUAUAUUUUAUGACCUCACAGUUUCAAUAGGAGGACUUUGAAUUCAAGUCUGUUAAAGUUAUUCUACCAAAAAAAACAUGCAGUGUUCGCAAGGAUUGUUCUGCAGAAUUUCCUGCUUCAUAAAACAACCACCAAUCAGCAGAUAUGACUUUGAGCUCCCCGUCUGAUUUGAGAUACGUUAUUGUUUCCCUCAUGCAGGUGUUGGCAAAAAUCAGGGUCUCUGCCAUGACAACCAGUCCUAUCUUUUCCUUUCAAACCAAAGGUCACAGCCGUAAUCAUGAGAUUUUACAACCGGCAGUCCACAUUUCACUCCACCCAGGCAGAUAGCUCAGACACAGGGUCUGUAGAGGAACACAGGGUCUGAAUCUGCGUCGGUGAACGCUGCGAUUUACGUCUGAGGAGCACAACUGGAGCACUGCAAUCAUGCCGUCCUUGACGAAGAUUCUGCAUUUUCUGUCCAGUGCCUUGGUUACUGCUGUAUCUGUUGCUAUACUGGCAUAUGCCAUGUCAGCAGAUUGGGCCACAACAACCAUGGAGUGCACCAGACAAGGAAGUCCCUUCGCCAACGGCAGUGCUGUGGUCCAACUGAGGCUUUUUCAAGCAGCAGUACAGAGAAUCGUUUGCCCCGCGUUUGGAGGCGAAGAUACGUUCGAAGGUAAUGUGCAUAUGACAAUUUAUCUUGUUGCUUAUAACAUCCAGCCACAGUGAUAUCCAAGUUUCCUGGGAUAACCACUUCCACAUAGAGCUGAAAAAAUCUGUUUUAAUGAUUAAACUGUCUUCUGUGCUGGUGUUUCUGCUAGUGUUGAUCUUAAUUUCCAAAAGUACUGUUUUUUGUGGAAAGAGAUCAAAAUAUUACUAAAGAAAUUCUCAUUUUCAGAGAGACCUGAGGGGCAAAUAUCUCAGGGACAUGAGUGAAAUUAGAUUGACUAAAAUUGCUGCAUAACUCGUAAAAGCAGUAUCCUUAAACUGUGUUUCUGUAUGUUUCUGUUGUUAGUGUUUCCAAAGUUGGUCGAAACAGGAGGUGCCCCUGUUAUCCUUCAUGGUUUGGUUCUGGGCCUGUUAGCCCUGUGUCUGCUGUGUUCGCUCUGCAGCAUUCUCAUCUCCAUCUAUAACAGCGUCAGUAAUCCCUAUGAGACCUACAUGGGGCCUGUGGGCAUGUAUGCCUGCAGCUCACUCAGCGGUAAGUCAUACCAAUUGAUAUUAUAUUGGUUAACGUAGCCACUGUCUCGCCCCUGCCGUGUUGUAUUAGGGAGGUCUAGGGUUGCAAAAUUCCCGGAAUUUUCGAAGUUGGAAACUUUCCAUGGGAAUUAAUGGGAAUAAAUCUGAAAUUUACAAAAUCGAAGGUUGGCCCUCAACAGGGAACUUGUAUAUAGUUGGGGGAAACAUAUUUUAGCAUAAUCUUGACUAAAACAACCAGAUUUAAUGCUAGUACUCUCCUCAGUCACAUGCACACAGCACACUACUUACUGCGGGGCUGUUGAGGCCACACCCCCUACAUGCAAUUUGCAUUCCUCCAUCACAUGCACAGGUGAUUUCUUGAACCCUGGAGGCAGCCUCACUUUUGAGCCCAAAGCACAAGACAUUUGAGCCCACAGACUAUAACAAUUCAAGUAAGUUUUGAUAUUAUUAUGCGGUAAAUAUAUUUGAUCUAUAUCGGAUUAUAGUAGAUAACUGUUAGAGACAUAUUUUGUGAGACAACAGACAAUUGAAUUUCCCUUCAGGGAUUAAUACAGUUAUUCUUAUUCUUGUUCUUAUUAAUAUUUAACUUGCUAAAAUUAAACAAAAAUAGGUGCUCAAUGUAAGCUAUUUUUCCAUGACCAUUUGACUAUUUAAGGGGCUAGCUUAUUAUGGUGGUGGUAACUACCUCAAAUGUGGGGGUUAGGGUUAUGUAAAACAACAUAUCAAAUGUUUACCAUAAAGUUACAUCAACUCUGAUUUUAAAACCUCUAAUGACUCUGGCAACAGCACCAGACACACGUAUUUAGGAGGACUCUAAAGCACAUAUAAGGACUUCUUAUGAAGCAACAUUAAGGGAUAUGCUACAAAAAGUCAUUCACUUAAAAGUCUUCGUUCAUUCCCUUUGGAUAUAAGCUUUUUAAAUAAAAAUCAUAAGAUCAAUCUUGCCACCUCUUUUAGUUUGUUUUUUUGGCUUUUUAUAUAUUUGAAAUAUUGUCUCAGGACUGUUUCCAGUUAAAUUGUGGGUUUAAUUGAUUUUGCAAAUAAAUCUUUUUUUCAUGAAUUUUUUACACAAGUUCCUACAUUUUUGAGAUUUGAGUUUUUUCAGCAAUGCAUCCCAGUAACAAGAUGCAUUAUGUUCUUAUUGCACUGUUACUUUUGUCAUUUACCUGCAACAACUACGCCAAAGGUACAGAUUCCCACAGCUUCCAAGCAUUUUCCUCAUUUUCUUAGUGUCCUUUAUUUCCGUAACAAACCCACAGCCAGCUUCUUGCUUCAUGUCCGCUUGAUUAACAUUCACCUCCAUUUUGCUCCUAACAGCACUGUCUCAAAGCCUUCAUUUACCCUAGUUUGGGGACAUGUUAGAGAGCAUACUUAGUGUGAGGUUUCACCAUUUUGAUAGACUCCAAGUCACAGAGGAGGAUGAUGCAGUUCAAAGAGCUAAACUCAUGGAUGUGCAUUCAUGGCUGAAUUAUUUUACAGGGAGUCAGUAUUUUAGAAAACACUAAAAUGACCGAAACAUGAUGACUUUUUAUACACUACUCAUUUCCCUCUUCUCUCUUCAGCUUGCCUGGCUGUUUUACUCAUCAUCCUCUAUGUGGUGAACCUCUUUGCGACCCAAAUGGCAGAGGAUCUAGUGCAGGCUUUUUCUGGAGGUAUCCAAGCAGAGUUUAGGAACAAGAGCGCAACCAUGCACGUAGGAUUCUUCCUGGUCAUCCCGUACAUAGUGCUCUCUAUUAUCGCCAUCAUUUUGAUCUACAUGUACGACCACGCAGCCUACACGCACAGGAGGGAGCAGCAGAGGCCCACUGAGGACGCACCCAAGGAGAUCAUGAUGUAUUAG